CUACAUUGAUUUCACCCUUCUCUAACUCUUCUUCUCUCUAAUCCUUAUUUUCUUUCUUUCUUCUUACUCUCACUGUCCCACUCUACUCACUCUUUCUCUCUCUAGAUCUCUCUCUCUAACUCACUCAAUAUGGCACCACCGCCUUCCGCCCUCUCUAACGGCUCCGUCUCCGGCGGCCGAUUCGCUUCCGUCUACAGCCAAGUCCAAACCAGCCGCGUCGACCACGACCUCCCUCUCCCUUCCGUCCUCAACGGCCCCUUCACCAUCCUCGACGGUCCUCCUAGCUCCGCCGCCGGCAAUCCAGAUGAGAUCGCCAAGCUUUUCCCCCAUGUGUUCGGACAACCCUCUGCUUCGUUAGCCCCGAGCGAUUCACACGCUCUGCAGUCAGAUCGCGAGUUGAAGAUUGGCGUCGUUCUCUCUGGAGGUCAAGCCCCUGGUGGUCACAAUGUCAUCUCUGGAAUCUACGAUUACCUGCAGCAACGCGCCACCGGAAGCACAUUGUAUGGUUUCAGGGGUGGUCCUGCCGGAAUCAUGAAGGGAAAAUACGUUGACCUCACCGCUGAAUUUAUUUAUCCUUACAGGAAUCAGGGUGGGUUUGACAUGAUUUGCAGUGGAAGGGACAAGAUUGAAACUCCAGAGCAGUUUAAACAAGCUGAAGAAACAGCUAAGAAGCUGGACUUGGAUGGGCUUGUUGUUAUUGGUGGAGAUGACUCGAACACCAAUGCAUGCCUCCUUGCUGAGAACUUCAGGAGCAAAAAUAUGAAAACACUUGUGAUUGGAUGCCCCAAAACCAUCGAUGGUGAUUUGAAAUGCAAAGAAGUCCCCACAAGUUUUGGGUUUGAUACUGCAUGCAAGAUAUAUGCGGAAAUGAUUGGAAAUGUUAUGAUUGAUGCCCGAUCAACUGGAAAAUAUUACCAUUUUGUGCGACUUAUGGGCCGUGCAGCUUCACACAUUACGCUAGAAUGUGCUCUACAAACUCAUCCAAACAUUACUAUUAUUGGAGAAGAGGUUGCUGCAAAGAAGCUGACCCUGAAAAACGUCACAGACUAUAUUGUAGAUGUUAUCUGUAAACGAGCUGAAGCUAAUUACAACUAUGGGGUCAUUCUUAUCCCUGAAGGACUUAUUGAUUUUAUUCCUGAGGUCCAGCAUCUGAUUGCAGAACUCAAUGAAAUUCUGGCCCAUGAAACUGUGGAUGAAGGCGGUUUGUGGAAGAAGAAAUUGACUGACCAGUCAUUGAAGCUUUUUGAUUUCUUACCUGAAGCAAUUCAAGAACAACUGAUGCUUGAAAGAGACCCUCAUGGAAAUGUUCAGGUUGCCAAGAUAGAAACAGAGAAAAUGCUUAUUCAGAUGGUUGAAACUGAAUUGGAGAAGAGAAAGCAGGAAGGAAAAUAUAAAGGAGGAUUUAAAGGGCAGUCUCACUUUUUCGGUUAUGAAGGGAGAUGUGGCUUGCCAACUAAUUUUGAUGCUACUUAUUGCUAUGCUUUGGGUUAUGGUGCUGGAGCCCUUGUUCAUAGUGGGAAGACUGGACUUAUAUCAUCAGUCGGGAAUCUAACUGCCCCAGUAAAAGAAUGGACUGUUGGUGGAACAGCACUCACCUCACUGAUGGAUGUGGAGAGGAGACAUGGUAAAUUCAAGCCUGUGAUCAAGAAGGCAAUGGUGGAGCUUGAAGGAGCACCCUUCAAAAAGUUUGCCUCAUUGCGGGAAGAAUGGGCUCUGAAGAAUUGCUACAUCAGUCCAGGUCCAAUUCAAUUCACUGGCCCAGGAUCUGAUGCAGUUAGUCACACUUUGCUCUUGGAGUCUGGAGCAGAAGCUUAGGUGCAUAUUGAGGCCCUUUUGCCGCUAGCAAUGCAUGAUUUUUUGUGAUCUUGCAAAUGUGCUUGAUCUGAGACUAGCUAGGGUUUUUGUGUUCAUUUAAAUUUAUCAGCGAAUGGUUCAUGAGUGCAUUGAGUGCAUUAAUACGUAAACUGUUUUUGCAUUAUACAUCGGCAAUUUAAGUUCUUCACAAUAAUUGCUAGUUUUUGAA